AUGACGUGACACAGGAAAAAAGAAAAAGACGCCGGGUCGGUGAUGGCGACUUUUCCGCAGAGUUAACCAAUUUAACCAUUGAAUUUUGUGUUACAAACCGGCGGUGGAAAGUCCAACUUUGCUGAUUUGGGACAAGUUUAAAAGUUCUUUAAAAAUAUGUCAUCUCGAGGUCGCGGAUACGGAGGAUACAGUGGGCGGGGCAGCUACAGCGGUCGAGCAAGCAGUGGAUACCGUGGGUCAUACCGCGGAAGCGGAGGCCGUGGCUCGUACGAGAGUCGCGGCGGACGUGGCGGCAGCUACUCCUCCUAUAACAAUGAGUCUCGAUACAGCAGCAGCGGUGGCAAUAGAUACGCCACCAGCAGGGAUAGGAUUGAAGAUUCCUACAAAAAGUCGUAUAGAUCCGAGUCAUCUGGAUAUUCCAAUCGUGAUUAUGGUGGCCGAUCUGGAUCACCUGAACGUAAAAGGAUAAGAAUGGAGGGGUCCGGCGAUAGACGUAGCCACGAAGGCGGCGGACACUAUGGCGGGUCUUACAGCGGUAGACAAGAGAUGUACAGCGAGCGGCGCACGUUCAGUGGCGAGGACAGGAGGCGCUCGCCCAGCCGAGAGUACCGCAAGGCGAGCGCGAUGGGCCCGCCGCGCGAGCCCUUGCGCUCGGCGCCGCGCAUGCGCGCCACGCGCCGCUCCUUCCGCGGCCGCACGCUGCGCUCGCGCGCCGUCUACCGCGGCGCCCCGCGCUCGCGCCCCUCCUUUAGGCGAUUCGAAACCAGACCGCUGGGUUACACCCGCGCGUUCAGAUCUAUCAAGGGCCGAAGUUCUGUGAAGUCUAAGGAAGAUGAAGCCUCUUCAACUGAAGAAGACUGGGAUGCCGAUGAUAAGGACGAAGCCAUCGAGGAGAAAAAGGAAUCCAAGAUCAAGUCACCCAAGCCGGAAGACGAGGUGGACGGGUCGGACGGGGAAGCCGGGGAGGCGGGCGAGGACGGCGACACGGACAAGGAGCCCGAGCUGCCCGAGGCGGAGCCGCGCAAGCGCCCCUACGUGCACCUGCUCUGCGUGCACUGCAAGGACAAAUCUGCCACUUUCGGUGGGUACGCCAAGCACCUGAUGUCGAGCAAGCACCGCGCGGCCAUGAGCGCGGUGGCGCGGCGGCACAAGAUGCAGCUGCUGCGCAUGCGCGUGGCGCAGCGCGAGGCGCAGCGCCAGCUCGAGGCCACAGCCGGCGCGGACCUGGCGGCGCACACCACGUUCUGCCUCGUGUGCCGCCUCAACCACCGCACCACGCGCCUGGCGCACAACCAGAGCGACACGCACCGCGCCAUGAAGCGCUUCCUCAUGCCCUUCUGCCGCGUGUGCCGCAUCUCCUUCCGCUCGCCCAUGAUCUACGAGCACCACAUCUGCUCCCUAGACCAUCUCAAGAAAAAGGCGAACCGAACUACUCGCCGAGCCAGCCCAAAGGAGGCCCAGGAGGGCAGUGGCGAUGAAGGCAUGGAUGUCGAUUUGGAUAACUUUAUGACUCUCGACUCUGUUGGUGAUGUUGAUGAGGUGGAAGAUGAAGACUCUGGAGCUGAGAAGAAAGAAAAUGAGGCUCCCAAGAAGCCCAAGGUGGAAAUCAACAUUGGCAGUGACCACAUCAAAAAGUUGGAGGUGUGGUGGUGCGAGCUGUGCCGCGUGUACCUGCCGCGCGCGGAGCCGGGCGGCGCCGAGGAGGCGGAGACGCUGCGGCGCCACUGCCGCCUGCGCAACCAUCUCGGCCGCUACGUGCAGCACCGCGACACGCGCACGCUGCGCAAGCACGCCGAGCGCAUCCACCGCCAACUGCACCAGCAGCGAGCUGAGGAAAACAAAGACGCUAAUGAAGAGGAUGCUGCUGAGAAAGUCAAAGUCGAGAAAACUGAACCGGUUGAAGAAAAGAAAAAGAUUGAAAAUGGUGAUUCUGCUAAUGCUGCUUCAGGAGAAGACAAAUUGUGGGCUGACGUGGACAAAGACAUUGGAGACCUACUGCGCGAAGUCCGCCCCACCAACGAGGGCAGCGACGACGACGAAGAUCUUGGGAGGUAUGACAAAUUCAGGAAGAGCGAUAAGAAAGGCAUAGCCGAUGGAGAAGAAGCAGAGACCAAUGACGUAGCAGAGAAUCUUGAGAAACCUAAUAAUGAGGUUAUGACCCCAGCCUAACCAUUUCGAUUGCACAAGUUAUCAUACAUGAAAUUUAAACGAUUAGUUAUAAGUGACGAUAUGACAAGCAUUCCGAAUUCCCUUGUCAUUUACUGUUUAGCAGUGAAACUUAAAGGCACUGUAUUACUAUGUAUUCAAGUUAGAAGUAUUCUAACCGUAAUGUUAUUGCAGUCUGCUUUGAUUAGAUUAAGUAGUAUUUUAGUUCUUAGUGUUGAAUAAGGUAAAAUAUAGGCUUUAUUAUAGUAAUAAAAUUAGAUUUUUUGUUUUCCCCUCACUAGCUCGGAAACGUGUUUUGUCCUUUAAUACUAGCGAGUAAAAACGCAUUUUAUCCACUAGUGGGUAAAGUAAUUUGACCUUGAAUAAAGUCAAAUU